AUGCCCGCGUGGUAUAAUCCACAAGCUGUCUGUGCUUAUCAUUCUGGGGCCCCCGGACAUGCCACCUUUGAUUGCAAGGCGCUUAAACAUAAAAUCCAAGAUAUGGUUGAAGCCGGGGAGAUUGUAAUCCGGAAAAGGGAUGCGCAAGGGCCGAACGUAAAUAGGAACCCUUUACCGGAACAUGCCAAUAUUAUUGGGGUUAUUCUGGAUGAUACGGAGUAUGUGGAACCAGUCAGAGAAUUGGCAAGGGAAGCUGAAGUGUUUGGGGUCACAGACCAACCCUUUGUCAUAGAACUGCCAUUUGAAGAGGACGAAAAGCCCUUUAUUUUGGAUCUCACGCCAGCUGAGAGUGCGGCUUUGGAGCCAAUAGUCGUUGAAUUUUCGAAGCAGGAACCUGUCCUGAGCCUGCAACAAGUACCGUGGAACUAUGAUGAACCUGUCAUACAGAUUGGGAAAAAAAUAAUUGCAAAGGAAGAAGUGUCAGCGGUCACCAGAUCGGGGAAGAUUGCAAGUCCAUUUGAAGCCGCCGUUCCGAUUCAAGUAAACAACUCCGAGCCGCCCGUUAAACCAACAAUCACUGAGAAAGAAGCCUUGGAUUUCCUUAAGAGGCUUCAGAGAAGUGAGUACAAUGUAGUUGAGAAGCUGAGCAAGUCGCCUGCCCAGAUAUCCAUGUUGGAACUACUCUUUUCUUCAGACGUGCAUAGGGACGCGCUGAUCGAAGUAUUGACUAAAGCUCAAAUCCCUAGGGACAUUUCUGUUGAUAAUUUCUCACAUGUAGUUGGAAGUGUGUUAUUCACCAAACAAAUUACUUUUUCUGACGAUGAAUUGCCGGUGGAGGGUAUUGGACAUAACAAGGCCCUAUACAUAGUUGUGAGGUGCAAUGGGAAAAUGCUGCCGAAGGUAUUGAUUGACAAUGGCUCUGCACUUAAUAUCUGUCCUUGGAGCACCUUGGAAAAGCUAGGGUUGCAAGACAUAAAACUGAGGCCUUCAGGGACUAUAAUUCGAGGUUUUGAUGGAGCGCAAAGAGAGCCAAUAGGAGAAGUGGAUUUAGUCAUCGAGAUAGGGCCCGCCCAGUUUCAAAUAACCUGCCAAGUCAUGCACUUUCUUAGUGUUUACAAUGUUCUACUUGGAAGGCCGUGGAUUCAUAAGUCUGGGGCUGUGCCGUCUUCAUUGCAUCAGUUGCUGAAGUUUGUAGUAAAUGACAAGCUGAUAACUAUAUUUGCCGAAGAAGAUUGCCUUGUAGUCACCGAUUCUGGGUCAAAAGAGGAUGGAAGCCGCAAUGUUACCAUGACUUCUCAUAGCACGGCUGACAUCGUCUCUGUAAGUUGGAUCACAAACGAGGAGCGAGCUUUACCAAAGGCCAGUGUCAUGAUGGCCAAAGAAAUGAUCCGUGGAGGCUAUGAAUUUGACAAAGGGCUGGGAUGA